AUGACCUCUCAAACUCAGCGUGUCCGAGGCUUGGCGUUCGAUGAAACGCAAGACCCUGCGAGGACUCGACCGCAGCCAACCCCGGAGACGCACCAUUGCACGUCGUCCACGAAUCUCCAUCCAGCAAUGAAUUCCACUGACUGUGAACUAUCACUACAGUCUUCGCACUUCUCGCAUUAUUCCCAUUCGAGCGGGGAUUCCUUGGAUCCCGAGGAGGAAGAAGUAGCGCCGCAUCUUUCGUCGAUCGAAGUAACAGCUACUCCUUACGCCUUACCAUCCAACCUUUCCACGCAUCGUCACAAACGUCGACGUGCCACGCCUUUCAAGUGCAAUAAUGAGAACCAAUGCGAACGCCAAACUGAUUCGAUUGGUGGAACAUCUCGUAAUGCUUCUGAAGAUGCGAUUCAAGGGAUUUCGCUUUUUCAAAAGGGAGGUCGUCCACGGAACCCUAAGAGCAGCCGACAAGAUCGUUGGGCCCCGAUGGAUUUGACUCAGCUAGAACCUUGGAAAUCUAUCCGACAACUCGAUCCUCUUGCGCAGAUCGAAUACUACUGGGCCCAUCUUUACGGGAACGACUCACACGAAGCCUUUGGCGAUACUAGCAACUCGAUGGCUGGAUGUUCGGGAGCUUGGUCCGCACAGCGUUUACCGCCAACGAAAGGAUGCUUGGUAACUUCCGCAGACGAUCUCAGUAAGAGACCGCAGGUAGAAAACACAAUCGCUGCAAGGACGGAAACAAAUUAUGACACACCUCUGCGAAACGGCUUCCAAUCUUUGCGCUACACUACACCCAAAUCGUCGCCAGACGAUAAGCCCAAAAGAACAGUCAGUCACAAUCGCAAAGUACAAUUCGGUUCCAUUCAAGCCGUUGUCUACUACGUUGACGAUCCACCUCCAGUGUGGACGGAAAUCCCCGAGGACGAGGCCUCCAGAAAAUACUCGUUGGACCCACCGGAACCGGACAACAAUGCCGAGGAGCUUACGCAAGAAACCAAAGACAACGCCGCAGUCCUGGCUGAAUGGGAUGAUGAUUGGGAUAAUGUGGCCGUCUUUGAAGAUGCCAAGGAUGACGAGGAGGAACUGAUGUUUUCUCUGCCAGCACCGCCUUCUCGCAAAACCAAUCGGCGUCGUUCCAGUAUUUUUUCUCCUUCAGGCACGGCCAUUAAUCUUUUAGAAUGUCUUCCAGAGCAGGUUGAGUAUCCAGAAAACAAGGUUGUCAGCGAAUCGCCGGAGCAGGCCUUGAUUGAUUCACCGGAAAUGUUAGGUUUGCAGGGACUGACAAAUCUUUCCGUCCAGUCACCCCCUGUGGUAGAAAUUGCAGAGUGUACUCACUCCUCCCCCGAAGACGAUUCAAGCUCCCCUAGCGAUCUUAUGAAAUCGUUCAAUAAAUCUCCCAACGAUGUGCGCGAUGUUCGUGAAACGGCGGUAUGUCUAGCGAAUUUGAAGAGUCCUUCAGCGACAAACAUAUGGCAAAGCGUCCUCGACGCACCUUCACAUGUUGACUUUGUCUAUUCGAUCAUUGACCCUCAAACUGCUCUACGUAAUUUGUCCCGACUCGACAACUCCAACACAACGAGCCCGAAAAAGGAUAGCCUUGAUUGGAUGGACGCGCUCUCUAAUUCGUUCACUUGUAUCAAAGAUAUACUAAAGUUUGUUACUGAGGAAUUCCAAGCCGAAAGCUCAAAUCAGAAUUUUCAAAGGAACCAUGAUGACCUUUGUCUUUCCGACCAAAGACACGGAUUGCCUGGAUAUCUCAAAAGACAAUAUGAAAAAGAGGUGUUGGAAUUCGAGACUCGUAUUCUGGAUACAAUCCUAUUACAGUCAAAAGGACUCCACAGAGAAAUUGUUGCUUGCGCCGGCGAAAUUUCCACUUGUACAAGUAAGCUUUUGCACUUCGAACUAAGUGGGAGCCAGCGAGUUCUCGACAAAUGUCGUCAGGCCGUCGAACAGCUAGAGACAAGGCUGCAAGACGCCAAAGAUUACGCCAGGGAAAUGCGUCGUCAGAAUUUAGUUGCCGAUCUUGUUUUCGCUAAAGAAAUAGCUUCAAAGGUGGGCGUUCAAGACCAUCUCACUCCUUUUAGAAUCAAAUGGGCUCCAAAUCAGGGGACUACCGGUCCUUGUCGCUGCGAGUUCGCUAGUGUCGUAACCGGGACACAGCUGUCUGUUUUCACUGAUACACAAUUCGAGGUAAACGAUGUCCGCGUUGAGAUAUUUCCUACAUUGCAGAGCUUUAGAAGCGUCCCUUCAGAUUCGACGGCUGCCAGGUUGUAUGAGGCUCUCGCACAGGAGCAUGCCAACGUUUUCUCAAGAUCCAACGGUAUAGCAAUGUGGGACGCAAUCGACACCCUAGAGCACAUCGGCAUCUUUCAGCAGCGACUCAAUCAGGUAGUGCUGGAAGUGUAUGCUAUUUCCCGAGUGUAUCAGGUUACAAUGAAGUCGGUGGGAAAUCGCCAUAUGAUCAGUGUAGAGCUUCCCGGAACGGCAUCUAUCCACAUUGUGUAUUUGUCUACACGCCCUAGAUGCAUUGCUUAUUCGCUGCCUUCAGCUAUCCGAGUGCUACGCAAUGGCGAUGUUGUAGACAACCUUCCCAAGAUCUUUGCACUUGCCGUGUCCGAGUGCAGCGUGGAACUCUGUGGGCGCCUGCUCCAGCGUUUGUGCGACUCUCAGUCAGUCGUUGUUUAGGUACUCCGACUGCACGUCUACGUCUGUUUCCGCGACACACUAGAGUUGACCAAACAAAGAUAGUCAUUUCUUCUCCACUUGUCCAAGAAGCUCGAUCCAGUUUCAUUUGACUGAGAAAACAGGAA